CUGACAGGCUUUUUGCCAGCAACGCAUCUCUUCAGGAGGUGAUGAACCUAUAUAUCAAAGCCUGGUAGCAUAGAAGAUAGCUUUGGGCAAUCUCUUCCAAUAAAUCUGCUACAUUUUGUAUCAGCCGUCCAUGAUGCUUCGGCCCAUUUCACCCCCUACCACUGCGAGUUCCGGAUCGUUAGGAUCUGUAAAGCGUGGACCAAGACCUUACACAGCAUCGAGGACAGUUUCACGUAUGAGCGUCAGAGAGGAGGAAUAUGUUGAUCGAGCCGCUCCGGCAGUAGAAGAUGGAAGAGAAUACAUUAACCCCCCAAGUCGGCGAAUGUCUGCAGCUCAUCUGCCGGAUCUUCCACAUGUUGACUCGGAACAGCGAGAGUUUGACAAUCCCUCAUUUCAUGGAACACCAGACGACGGUGGCGCAGAAGCUCAAGGAAGUAAUAUGGACGGCGUUAUACAGAUGCUUUGUGAUUUUGAGAACGGAUUCCACCUUCUCCUUGACCGCAUCAAAGAGGACAUCCAUAGCACAAAGGAAGCUGUCUCAUUUCUGAAAAAACGAGCGACUAUAGAAGAAGAAUACGGGAAGAGCAUGAUUAAGCUUGCUCAAGGUGCUACAGCGGGUCGAUCAGAGGGAAAGGAAGGAUCAUUUGGUACCGCAUGGGGACAAUUUACCAAAGUUCAUGAACAAGUUGGUGAGAUCAGGGUCAAGUUUGCCGAGGUUAUAACGGAGGUUUCUGAAGAGCUUGCGGCGCUACAUAAGAAUACUGAGCGAAGUAGGAAGCAGUUAAAGGAGGCUGGGCAUCGACACUCUAAAACCGUUCAAGAGGCGGAAAUGGCUUUGGAGAAGGCAAAAACACGUUAUGAAGCAACAUCAGAAGAUUGGGAACGUGCCAUUCUUCACCGGGAGCAACAGCUAGAAAGAGAUGGCUUCAGUCGCUACGUAGGAGGAGCUGGAAGUGGCCUUCAUAAAAGUAUGUCAAACAAGAGUUUGUCAUCGAAGGGGUUGUCCAAUCCCAUGCAGCGAUGGAAAUCGCAAAAUCCCGCUAAGCUGCAAAAGAAUGAGGAUGAUGCCCGAGUUAAAGCAGCCAUAGCAAACGAGGCUUAUAAGACUCAGCUUCAGCAAACCAACACCAUCCGCAGUGCAUACUUUCAAAACCAUCUUCCCAGAUUCAUUCGAUUGCUCAAGGAAACCAACGACGAAUGCGAUCAAGGGUUACAGUAUCAUCUCGUCAAAUAUGCUCAAGAGUUGGAGUCAUCAUUAAUGAAAGAAGCUACGACACUGAGCCCGCUCGAGAGUGAGAAGCCUGGAAUAGUGAAGAUGGUGGAGAACAUCAACAAUGAGCGCGAUUUUGAAGACUAUGCAGCUGCAUAUGUGCAGAAUACAAAGCAAUUGCUGAAAUCAGAUCACCAAUAUACGCCGUAUUCCAUGUCUGCUGAGGCUAGUUCGAUAGUUCAAUCAAAGCCCUCUUUUGGAAUUGAUCUUGUUGCUCUAAUGGAGCGAGAUGGGGUCCCGGUACCUGCGGUUGUAACAAAAUGUAUCGACUGUGUGGAACAAUAUGGCAUGGGCGUGCAAGGGCUGUAUCGAAUGUCUGGUUCGACUGCGCAAGUUCAAAAGUUGCGAAUGCUACUGAAUAAAGAUCCUGACACAGUACGCAUGGAGGAAUGGACUUCAGAUAUCCAUAUCGUCACUAGUGCUUUGAAAUUGUAUUUCCGCGAACUUCCCGAUCCGCUGUUCCCCAGAGCCAUGUACAGACAACUAAUUGAGGCUGCCAAAAUAGAAGAUGAUCGUCUACGACUCAUAAACAUCCACGAACUGGUUAACCAACUUCAUGACGCUAAUUACGCAACGCUACAGGCACUCUCCGGACACCUAUGGCGCGUCUCCCUCAAUGAAUCUCAAAAUCGGAUGACUGCAGCUAACCUCUCCAUCGUCUGGGGCCCAACUGUCCUGGACUCUCCUGAUCCUUCUCCUGAUCCGAUGGAAAUUAAGUUACAGACACGCAUACUGGAAAUUGUCAUUGCAAACUAUGAGCAUAUCUUUGAUACGGACGCGGACAUUUGAGUUGCAAUAGGAUUGAUAGCUUUGUACAUUUUCUUGCAUGAAAUACUUAAUUUAUGAAAGCAUACACCUUGUGAAGACGGCCGAUUGAGGUUUGACAGUAGAGCUUCUGACCACUCAGAGAAAAACAUGUGCAACAUCUCCAAAUACAUGUAGAAAU